GGCGGAGGUGCGGCGGGGGCGGGGGCGGCGGGGCCGGGCCGGGAGCGGCGGCGGGACGCGGCGGAGCUGCCUCUCGCAAUGGGCGGUGGGUGCCGGGCCCGGGCCCCCCCGGGCGUGGGGCUGCGCCGGGCCGCGCUGCGGCUGCUCCUCGCCCACGCCGUGCUGCUCUGCGCCGCCGGGACCGCCGCCACCGACGGCUCCGUGAAUCCCUGUUGCUAUUUCCCCUGCCAGCACCAAGGGGUGUGCGUGAGGGUCGGCCUGGGAGGAUACGAGUGCGACUGCACGCGGACGGGAUACUUCGGGGCCAACUGCACCUCCCCCGAGCUCUGGAUGCGCCUCCAUGACUGGCUGAAGCCCAGUCCUGCCUUCUUCCACUUCAUCCUGACCCACUUCAAGUGGUUUUGGGACAUUGUCAACAGCACCUUCAUCAGGGACACGCUCAUGAGGCUCAUACUCACAGUUCGUGCCAGUCUCAUCCCCAGCCCCCCCACCUUCAACUCUGACUACGGCUACAUCAGCUGGGAGGCCUACGCCAACGUCAGCUAUUACACCCGCGUCCUCCCGCCCGUGCCGGACAACUGCCCCACGCCCAUGGGCACCAAAGGGAAGAAGCAGCUCCCCGACCCCCAGCUCCUGGCAGAGAGGUUCCUGCUGCGGCAGAAGUUUGAAGCUGAUCCCCGAGGCACCAACCUGAUGUUUGCCUUCUUCGCCCAGCAUUUCACCCACCAGUUCUUCAAGACGUCUGGGAAGAUGGGACGUGGCUUCACCAAGGCGCUGGGGCAUGGGGUGGAUCUCGGGCACUUGUACGGGGACAACCUACAGCGGCAGCAUCAGCUGCGACUCUUCCGAGAUGGGAAGCUGAAAUUCCAGGUGGUGGAUGGAGAGGUGUACCCCCCCGUGGUCACUGAUGCUCUGGUUCACAUGGUCUACCCAUCUGCCGUCCCCAAGGAGAAGCAGCUGGCGAUGGGGCAGGAGGUGUUUGGGCUGCUGCCGGGGCUAUGCAUGUACGCCACACUCUGGCUGCGCGAGCACAACCGUGUCUGUGACAUACUGAAACGGGAGCAUCCCACCUGGAGCGACGAGCAGCUCUUCCAGACGGCUCGUCUCAUCCUUAUCGGGGAGACCAUUAAGAUCGUCAUCGAAGACUAUGUCCAGCACCUCAGCGGGUACUACCUGAGCCUCAAGUUUGACCCCGAGCUGCUGUUUGGGACGCAGUUCCAGUACCGGAAUCGCAUCGCGGUGGAGUUCAACCAGCUCUAUCACUGGCAUGGGCUGAUGCCCGACUCCUUCAUCAUCCAGGGGCAAGAGUACAGCUACAAGCAGUUCCUCUACAACACCUCCAUGCUCAUGGACUACGGCGUGGAGGCGCUGGUGGAGUCCUUUUCCAAGCAGAUUGCAGGAAGGAUUGGUGGGACACACACCAUCAACGCCAAUGUCUUGAAAGUGGCUGUUGGGGUCAUCGAGGAAUCCCGGCAGCUGAGGCUACAGCCGUUUAACGAGUAUCGGAAGAGGUUUGGCAUGAAGCCCUACAAGUCCUUUCAGGAGCUGACAGGAGAGGAAGAGAAGGCGGCAGAGCUGGAAGAGCUGUAUGGAGACAUUGAUGCUCUGGAGUUUUAUCCGGGCUUGCUGCUUGAGAAACCCCAACCCAAUGGUAUCUUUGGGGAAAGCAUGGUGGAGAUCGGAGCUCCAUUUUCCCUGAAGGGGCUUCUUGGAAACCCCAUCUGCUCCCCAGAGUACUGGAAACCCAGUACAUUUGGUGGAGCAACUGGCUUUGAGAUAGUUAAGACAGCAUCGCUGGAGAAACUUGUGUGCCUCAACGUGAAGAAGUGCCCAUAUGUGGCGUUUCAUGUGCCGGAUGCUACGGAAAAUGGCAGCCCUCGGGGUGGUGGACCAUCUACUGAGCUCUAGCACCAGGACAGCCUGCCCAGGUAGAGACCAUCCUUGCUGAGGUGCCGAUGGAGCCGAGCUCCCAGCCUGGCGCUGAAUGUCCCGUUCCUUCCUGCAGGGAGCGGCGGGGGCAUGUGGACCUGCCCACCCCUGUGCCGAGCAGAAGCAGGAUAGAAGAUGGUCCCAUCCUGGGCAUCCUCCACACCAGCCCUCGAGGAGAGGCUGGCACCUGCUCUGUGAAAAGCUGGAGUGCCUCAGGAGUGUGGCUGCCACCACUGUCCUCAGCAGACCCAGUUCUCUUGCUAGUGAAUACCUUGCACUAAGCCAGCUUUGGGGUUCCCCAGGGGACACUCGCCGCCCUGGGACGCUCUGGACUCCCCUGCGCUUUGUCACCCUCCGUCCCCGCUGCUUUCCAGCCCCAGGCCACCAGCAGCCCCUCUUCUGCAGGGCUUCCCAGCUCGGGACAGCGGAGCGCAGAGCCCGGGGAGCCGAGCCCAGGGAGCCCUCGCAGUCCGUCCUCUUCUACUGCACCUGGUUACGGCGCUGAGCUCCCCAAGGGAGGUGGAGGAGGGACAGGAGCAGCAACGCGCAGAGGGACAGGAAGGACACGCUGCAGGUGGUCAUGCUGGCCCAGUGGUGGCUGAGCUUGCAGUAGGAACCUGCCCUGAUCCGCUCCUGCAGCUGCUCUGGACCAUCCGCCCCACUGUGCCCAGCACACGGGCAUGGCCGAGACACCAAGGAACCAAAGCAACGUCUCUGUGGGAGGAGACCAGGGGAGAAGCAUCAGAUCAGACCUCCCAGACCUCCCACAUCUCCCACCCGCUGCUGGGACCCCGGCAGGCACCGCCGGCCACCUGAGCGGGGCUGCUCAGUGCAAGACGCUACCUCUGUGCAAACACAGUGAUGACGUCUCUCCCACCCUACGAUCGUUACACUUCCCUGCAUUAAUAGCUCAGCAAAUGGCAUCCCCGAGGCACACAGAGCCCACUUCUCCUGCUCCAGAAAUGCAUGCAGAUGUCAGCCCUCACCGACAUAAUGCAUGGUGGCUGGCAGUCGCUGUCACUGGCCUCGACCCCCAUCAGAUCCUUCUUCACCUCCAGGAGAAUGGACAUUUAAAAUAAUAAACGAUUUUAAAAACUCAUUUCCUCCAGCCAGUUCCCAAGCGUUGUCUCGCCAGCGCCAGGCCCUGCAGGAGGGCAGGACGCUCGGGAGGCAGCGGGAGCUGGGGGAGAGGAGAAAUCCCUGGAGCGUUGCUGGAAGGCUGGUGUCCCCGCUGGGACACAGCUGGGCCGUGCAGCCGCAGUGGGCCGUGCUUGCCGGCGCUGUGCCCUGUUAUUGCCGCCACUGUGCCCUGUCAUUGCCGGCUGCAUCGGAAGAAAUAACCAGAGCCACCCUCCUCCUCAGGAGCUGCCUCGGCAGGGGGUCUCUGAGCCCGGGUGUCCCAUGACGGUUGGAGCUACGCUGCCCUGCGGCCACCACCCCCCCACAGCCCUGCGCUGCUCCGACGCUGGUAACGCAGCGCUUACAUCCAACAUUGUGUAUUCCUGUCACAUAAAAUCUAUCCACACAUAAAUCUUGCUGCCCAGGUAUUUU